GACUGACCGGGAGCCUGAGGCAGGGCCAGCUGGGCGAAAGCGAUGCAUAGAGAGGGAAGCAGUGAUUGUGAGGGCACUGACAACUCGACAACGAAAUGGAGCCCAAGUGCUGCAGUCAGCUUGCUCGAUGGUCCAAGUCAGCCAUGUACACGUUUCUUCUAGGAGGUGCCUUUGUUACCUUGGGAUCAAGUCGCAUCCUUCUGAUGAAAUACUCUGCCAAUGAAGAUAACAAGUAUGAUUAUCUUCCUGCAACUGUGAAUGUGUGCUCAGAAUUAGUUAAGCUGUUACUCUGUCUGAUGAUGGCACUUUGGGUAACCAGGAAAGGAGGAUAUUCUCAUAGUGGAUUUGGCUGCAGCUCCUGGAGGCAACUGUAUAGCUACAUUAAGUGGUCAAUCCCUGCCUUUCUUUAUUUUCUGGAUAACCUGAUUGUCUUCUAUGUGUUAUCCUACCUUGAUCCGGCCAUGGCUGUGCUGUUCUCAAAUUUUGUCAUCAUAACAACAGCUCUCCUGUUCAGAAUAGUGCUGAAGCGGCAGCUCUCCUGGGUGCAGUGGGCCUCUCUUCUGAUUUUGUUCCUGUCUAUCGUAGCGCUGACUGCAGGGACAGGAAACGACAAGCAUAGCUUGGCUGUGCACGGGUUUCAUCAUGACAUCUUUUUCAGCCAUUCUAACAGCUGCCUGCAGUACACCAAGCCGGAGGAAGAAUGUUGGGGAAGAGAGAACUGCACAGCCAGAUGGUUCUUCCCUGGCUUCAGUUGGAAUGUCACUACUGCCACGGGGGCCUUGAGAACCGUCCGCCUUGGGCUGGGACAUCUGCUCAUCCUAGUGCAGUGUUUCAUCUCUGCCCUGGCCAACAUCUACAAUGAGAAGAUACUGAAAGAAGGCGGCCAGUUCAGCGAAAACAUCUUUGUACAGAACGCCAAGCUGUACCUCUUUGGAGCAAUGUUCAAUGGGCUGAUGCUGAGCCUGCGCCCCGAAAAUAGGCGCCGGAUUGAAGACUGUGGGUUCUUCUAUGGACACAACGUGUUCUCAGUGGCACUUAUUUUUGUCACCGCCUUCCUGGGGCUCUCGGUGGCUUUCAUCUUGAAGUUCCGAGACAACAUGUUUCACGUACUGACUGCACAGGUCACCACGGUGAUCAUCACCACAGUGUCCGUCUUUGUUUUUGACUUCAAGCCUUCUCUGGAGUUCUUCUUGGAAGCUCCUGUGGUACUUUUGUCUAUAUUUAUCUACCAUUGCAGCAGCCCCCGGUGUGUGGAACAUACUGCUCAGUGGGAGAGGAGCAAACUCAACGGAGGUGCCUGGGAGCGCUCCAGCGGGGAUGGAGAAGAACUUGAGAGACUUACCAAGCUAGACAGUGAUCAUGAUUCGGAGGAGGAGACCUUAUAGGAAGGGUUUGGAUUCUUGGAAGUCCAGGCGCCACUUGUCAAGAGAAUCAUGUUUUACUGUAGGGGAUGUGGGGGCGGGAAGCCUUUUCCAUGACUAACAAAGGUUGAACAUUUGUUUACUUUUUUCACUAAAGUGGGAUUUGAAUGGUUUUGUCACUAAACUGUGCUAAACAAUAUAUUCAUUAUUUAAAAGGAGGAUUUGACUAAUUAAUGGAGGAUAAGACUAUCAGUGACUACAGGUCAUGUUGGCUCUAUGUUACCCUAGGAUCAAAGACAGCAUGCCUCUGAAUGCCAGUGGCUGUGGAGUAAUGGUGGGAGAAGACUCUUGUCCUCUGGUCAUGCUUGUGGGCUUACUAUAGCUAUCUGACUAUGGUAGGCGGGAUAUCGGGCUUAGAUAAGCUUUUGGUCUAAUCCAGUAGAGUUGCACUUAUGUAUUUGAUCCCAUUAAGGUGAAGAUUUUCUGCAGCAGGAAAGCAAUUGCCAGGGACUUCAGAAGGCUUUAGAUGCCAAGAGGUAGAAUUGAAAGCAUUACCUUGAACCGUGUGUAUCAAGAGACUUGAAUGCCACCAAAGCUGAUCAAGGUACCUCAGUUCAAAGCUGACGUUAAGGAAGGAUAGGUUGAUGGAGUCAUGAAAGCUGCUUACCUUACAGCAUUCCAGAGGCCCAGCCCUCAAACUGUAUUUGAAUUUCAGUAUGCCACAAACUUGUAGGGAUGAAACAAUGACAUUUACUCAUAUGUUGGGAGUGCUUCAUACAUUAAGCACUGGCAAAUGAGUCUUUGCCCCAGGUGUAUAUGCUGCAGGGAGCCAUGGCUAAUCACGGUUCCUGGAUAUGAUUACCUCUGUGAUAUGCACAGCUGAAAAUGUGCUCUCACAUGCACAAUUACAUUUUUAGAUAUAUAUGUGAAAUGUUUUACAGGAGCAGCUUAAAAAUGUAAUGUGUGAAGUAGCUCUCGGUGGUGGAUGAAAUUACAAUAUAUUAGGUAAGGUCCUGUCCAAAGCCUUGCAGAUUGCUCAUCAAAAACAGGGCUGCUAGGGUUGUAAGGUGCUUAGGUUUUAUAUUGGGUAUUAGUUCUCCAUAAUCUUGAGUAUGAGAUGUCAUUUGGACAUCUAGUGCUUCUUAUACAGGCUCAAAAUAACUUUCUUCCUCAUCCUUUCAAACCAAAGGAGCCAUCCAGCUGACAGAUCCUUAGAAACACCAUGUCCAGUUGUGUAUUUUUGGUGCCAUCAUAGUAAUAAUGUACUUUUUCAGUCGACAGCAGAAUAAUAACACUUCUCAUUCUAAAGUGGCUUGCACAUCUCAUUCAGUACCACUGAGAGUCACAUUUUAUUAUUGCUAUAUAGACAUUGAUGUAUUAUGAUGAAUUUCCCCAUGCCUUUAAACACAACACUCUUAACUCUUCCUGUGUUGAAAAAUACACAGUCAAGAUCAGCCUUGCAAAUUAGCGUUUCACAUUCUGCAAAAUAUUCUGCAGACCAGUCUACUUGCCUACUAUUCUCUCUGAAAAUGGCCUGGGUGGUAUGUUGAAAUGGUGGCUAGCAAUGCAUCCCAAAGGAAUUGCUAUUUUCCUGUGCUACUUAGUCACCCUUUCCUGGGCAAAUGACUAAUGGCAAGCUGGUCAUGAAUAUUUGUAAUCCAGAUGUUGCAUACAGUGGAGGUGCCUUUCCCUCAGGAUCUGUCCCAUGCAUUAUUGAAAAAAGCUAGUGCAGGCCAGACCUUGAGUAGUGUCCCUUGUGAGGACUCCAUUUCCUGGCUUUAUACUAGGAAUGUCGAUUCUCAUUAAAGCAGUAUUAUCUUCUCUGCAAAUUCCUCACAAGGACUGGAGAGACAUUACAAAGAAUGUUGUCCCCUUAGUUUGCCACUUGCAAAUGUCAAGCUCUAGUACCUCCCCAUGAUUGGAUUGAUUUUGGUUUUAGUGUCCCAGUCUGGCUUUUGAGAAAACAAAAAGGGUUUAAGGAAACUGAUAUGGAACAACAUUCAGAAUUCAAAUGGAGCUAUACAUACUAAAAUAAAAUAAUUUGUCCAGAAAAAUAUUUAAUCAUUUAACAAAAACAUACAAUUAAAAUAUAAACUAAAUAGCCCACAAACAUGAAGCAUACAAUUAACCCAAUGAAGCAUACAAUUAACCCAAACGUGUUUCGACCCACAUGGUCUUAAUCAGUGGGGGGGGGGGGGAAAUUAAAACAUUAUAGCCCCAAAUACAAGAAAUUUAAAUUAACUCAGUAAUUCCAUUAGUACAAAGCAUUGGCUUCUGUAAAUCUCUGUAUCUUUCCUUUUGAGGAUGCAACCAAAAAAAGGGGGGAUUUAGUGUUGCCUCCUAUCUCUAAGAUACAUAACUCCCAAAAUGUAGCUGAAGCAUAGAUUGAAUACUUGGUUAAUGCAGGCUCGCAAAAAGGCACUGCCUCCAAAAGCAUAGGCACUGAUUGAUUUUGGUUUAAGACAACACUUUUUUAUUAUGAUAUUGUUAUAUUGUCCUCUCAAUUUCCUGUGUGUAUAUUCUAUUGCAAAUGUGUAAAAGUGCAGCCCAGGGACCAAAGUGGGCAAAAGAGACGUUCGGUCUGAUGAAAUAAAAUGCAAUGAAGAUCAGCAGUUGUACUACCCUCAAAACUAUAACAAGGAAUGCAACCCUUUCUUUGAAUAGGAUUAGAGAAGCUGAAUAUUUUGUAGCUAAACUGGGGUUCAGUAAGUUUUGGAGUUCAGAAAAUGUAUAAAGAAACAGUACGAAUGGGGUUUUAAAUGUGUCUACCAUUCUUUUCCAUGGUACAAUUUGGAAGUCUUGGUAAUGCUUGAAUUGUCAUGUGAGUCUUCCACUCCUUCAGUUGUACAUUUCCUGCCAAACUUCCCAUUUGCAAAAAGAGGGGCAGAAGUCCUGUCAGGUACCUGUCUUGGAUAACUACUAGGAGUUGUAAUGUAUGAAAGUGCUAGACAAGCAAACACUCCACUCCAGUGGUGUGGUGACGAUACUAAGGUGCUGCUAUUAAUUGCACACAUGUUUGUGUUGUGUAUUAAUGGAAAGUCCAUUGGGCAACAUUGGUUCUUCUGUGACCCUCCUGCAACAUUGGGAACUGUCUUAGCGGAGCAUCCUUUUGAACUUGGCUUAUAAUUUAUCUUAAUAGCAAUUCUUCAGAAAUACUAUUUAAGAAUGGUUUUAUUGUUUCUAAUGCAAGAACAGCUUUGGAUCAUUUGUGGUUUAUGUUGGCAGUGUAUUUAAUUGUGCAUUAGCUCUUCUUUUACAUUGUGAUAGCCUUUCUGGCUUCUAAAGAAAUUGUUCCAGUGUUUGCUAAUGUAACAGAAUGUGGGCUCCCUGAGAGCAACGUUUUUUUUAAUCAAGUGUAUUUUUUGAGAAACUCUGCCUGCAAGCCUACUAGUGCCAGGGAUUAACAAAAAUAUGGGACUUCUUGUGUUGAGUUUGAAUUCUUUUACCAUGCAGACUAGUAUGUCACAGGGCCAAAUAAACCGCAGUGUGCUUA